GCCACCCGACGAGUUUCCAUCAGCCCUGCCUUUUUUUCCGCGGCCCGUGCCCUGCGAGACUCGGGAAAAGGGAGAAAAAAAAACGACAGCGAGGCGAGAAAAUCCGCGAACAUGAGCGCGAAAUUACUGUGAGAGGUGUCCAGGGAUACCCGAGAACAGUGAAGUGUUGGUGGAUUAUUUUACUGGGCACUCCGUGGUGAAGGGUAUCUCCUUAAUUUUGACAUUCGCUCGUGCCACUUGGCCUGUUCGUACUGGAAAUACGAAGGAGGAGAUUUCAAUUUUUUUUAGCAACCAUUGUAGCGGAUUAUAAUUUGACAUCAACGCAGCAGCCCUGGCCUGCCACAAUCCCUUCGACUCUGUCAUCUGCUGUGGCGUUGGAGGUGGCGGGUCCACGGCACCUCAGGCCACUCAUCACCUGGGUACAGGGACUGUCGUUGGCGCAACCUCCGGGAGAACCGCCAUCAUGCAGGACACAGUGUUGGAAUCCAUCCUGGAGCAAAUGCGCGAGACGGAGGCUCGCCGAGCAGACCUGGAGCGUCAGCACGCCGAGGCACAGAACCAGCUACGGGAUAAGAUAGCAGGGAGAUACCAGGGGCCAGAAUCGGUGGAGGCACUUCAAUCUAAAAUACGAGAAUUGGAGAAGAAAACGGAGCUGCAGAUGGUGAGACACGAGGAAUUGUCCCUGGAGUUGACGAGUCUGAAGAGAGCUAGGAGUCGUGGGCCAGGUAGUACUCCACACACCUCGAGUGUCACUGGAACUACCUGGCCACCAGCAGGAUCAGAGAUCGACAGGAUUAUAGCGAAGAUUGAGCAGGACAGCAGUGGUAGGAUUCUGCAUGAGCUGGACCAUGCGAGAGGUACAGUGACGACUCAGCAGCCAUCGGCGACGGGAAUCCUCAGGUCAAGUGCAGAGAACCUCUCGAAUUUGAGUCAUCAGCAUCCGCCACAUCCGCACGCCUUGAACCUAGGAAUGUCAUCUCAAACCGGUUACUACGUAGGCUCACCAAUGCCCCAGACCCCCCUGAUGCCGGGAUGUCCACCAUUAACACCAAAUGGCCCACCAUAUCACUACAACGAGCCAAUCCCCCCAGCUCCAUCAUUAUCAACGAGCCAAUCUCAGCCAGCUUUUCAGCAAAAACUCCAGCAGUAUCAACACUCCCACGGUCAUCAGCCUCACGUUGAUCUGCCAAGCUCUCACUCGCAGGGUACAUUACCCUCGCAACAGAGCCAGUCUCAACCGAAACAAACGCACAGCCAUUUCACUGGCAAUCAGUACCAGGAGAGUUAUCCACAUACGCAAACGUAUCAACAACCUCUGCAGGCUUCAACGCAGCCUCAGCAGGGGCAACAAUUGCCUUCAUCUAGCUCGUACCUUGGUUCAGGUAGUCAAACUGUCAUUCCGCAUUACAGUCAAACGGGCCAGACUGGACAGAAUUAUCAACUCAAUGGUAGUCAGAGUACGAAUUAUCCAAAUUUAUCCCUGACAUCCCAUCCAAACGGUACAUUCACAUCAGGAGUGAGCAGUUAUGCUACAGCUCAUCAACUGGGUCAUCACAACUACACGGCGACUCAGACGAAUCUCCCGCAAACGACUCUAGCCUCAUUGCCAUCAUAUUCAUCAUCAUCAUACCAUACGGCACUCGGUGUGCUAACCAGUGCACCCCAAACUGUGCUUCCCUAUUCGAGUGUACAAAGCACAUUUUCAACCACUCCAUCGACGUAUUCAACAGUGGGGACCAAUGCUUUUGGCACGUCUGGCGUCAGUUCAGGUUCAUCAUCAAGCGGUCUGCUCCAAGCGAUGGGUGACCCCCUCCACGCAAUGCAACAGCUAUCAGCCCAGUCACAAGCGAAUCAACUCCAUCAACAGGCAAUAAUCCAGCAGAUUCAACAGAGUCUCCGCGCGAGUUCACCAACAGCAACACCAACCCCAGGCCACCACUUUCUCGGUCCCAGACAAAUGCCAAAAGUACCCACUGGCAUCCUCACAAAUCCCCUGGAUCGUCUCACUAAUGAAACAAUCUUGCCAGAGGGCCAAGUGGAUAUGCUGGAUAUUCCUGGCAAGGGGAGAUGCUAUGUGUAUAUCGCGAGGUUCAGUUACGAGCCCUUUCAACACUCACCGAAUGAAAAUCCAGAGGCUGAGUUGCCGGUGCAGGGCGGAGAUUAUUUAUUGGUGUGGGGACAGCCCGAUGAGGAUGGCAUCCUAGAUGCUGAGACACUUGACGGCCGCAGGGGACUCGUUCCAGCUAAUUUCGUGCAGAAACUCGUUGGUGAUGAUCUUCUUGAGUUUCAUCAGGCUGUACUGGGACUGAGGGACGUGGAUGAUGCUGCCUCAACGAAUAUUCCACAAUGCUACCUCCAAGAUAUCGAUCUGGAACUAGCUGCACUUGAGGAGGGCAAUAGAAAUCGCCACGCCGAGUUGUCAGCCUAUGCAGAGUUGGACAACAUCGCUGAUGAGGACGAGCAGGAACCACCAGUACCGGCGCCUCAGCAUCUCACCCUCGAGCGUCAACUCAACAAGAGUGUUCUCAUCAACUGGACAGCACCUGAGAAUUCACAUCAGCUUGAGUCUUAUCAUGUCUACGUUGAUGGGGUGUUGAAGGUGACGGUUAAGGCUACUGAGAGAACACGAGCGUUGGUGGAAGGGGUUGAUUCUACUCGGCCACACAGAAUAAGUGUUCGUUCAGUGACCCACUCAAGACGAACAUCUCGCGAUGCAGCCUGUACAAUGGUAAUCGGCAAAGACGUUGCAAUAGGCCCAACAGCAGUCAAAGCAUCAAACGUAACUGCCACAAGUGCAGUUAUAUCGUGGCUUCCAAGCAACAGCAAUCAUCAGCACGUUGUGUGUGUCAACAAUGUCGAAGUUAGAACAGUAAAACCAGGCGUUUAUCGUCACACAAUAACAGGCCUAGCACCAUCAACGAUUUAUCGUGUCACCGUUAAAGCCAAGAAUCUACGUGCAACACACUUCGAGGACCAAAGCACUCAGUUAAACAAUAAUCUUGCCUGCCACGUACAUUUUAAGACCUUGCAGAAGGGUCUACCGGAUCCUCCCGUUGAUAUCCAGGUGGAGGCUGGACCGCAGGACGGCACUUUGCUAGUGACCUGGCAGCCUGUUGCCCUAAACGGUUCGGCCGUCACCGGUUACGCGGUUUACGCGGACGGCAAGAAGGUCACAGACGUUGACAGUCCAACUGGUGAUCACGCACUCGUUGACAUUCACAAAUUAAUGGGCUUAAAUCCAAAAGCUAUAACUGUGAGAACUAAGAGUCGUGAGAGCCAGUCUGGCGACAGUUGUGCAACAGCUAUACCGUGCAAUGUUUUGCGGGGUGGUACUAUGGUGCAUGGCCACAUGGAUCAGGGACAGUUGCAGCAGGGAAUGAUGCAGGAUCAUCACAGGAUGGUGGGCACUGGCCAGAGAUAUCCCAGUGCACCUAUGCCAUCGCACAUGAGACGACAUGGACCACCUAGGGUUGAUGCCCAUGGACAAAUUAUUAUUGAGACUGAUGAGAACCUUUCUGAUAAGGAGAUUUAUCCGGGGCAGAGUUUAUCGCAAAUGGGAAUUCCAGAAAUAACGAAAGACUCGGCUAGUGAAGGAAAUUACAGUGAAGAGGAUGAUCCAACAAGGAGAAGGGGAAUGACUCAACAGCAUCAUCCAGGCCAUCACAGAUAUGGGCCGCAGCCUGGCGGCCCUCAAGGACCACCUGGGACACACAGGGGGAGGGGGGGAAUGGUUGGAGUUAGGGGACAAGAGCCUUAUUACGGUCCUGACCACCAAGGAGCUCAACGGGGUAGAGGACCAGGUUACAGGGGCGCAAGAAAUCAGGGGCCAGGUAAUCCACAUCAUCCUGGCCCCCAACAAAUGAACAAAAGGGUGAGAUGGUUCAUAGCUCUCUUCGAUUACGAUCCAACGACGAUGUCGCCGAAUCCAGAUGCAUGUGACAUCGAAUUACCAUUCUCUGAGGGCGACACUAUCAAGGUCUGGGGUGAAAAGGACGAUGACGGAUUCUAUUGGGGGGAAUGUCGCGGCAGACAGGGCUACGUGCCUCAUAAUAUGGUUGAGGAAGUGAAGAAUCCACCGGCUGGGUCUCAGGGACAGGUGCAGGGCCAGGGGAGGAGAGGCCAGGGGGACCGGUGGGGCGAUAUAUACACGAAUAUGCCGGUUAAGAAAAUGAUUGCUCUGUACGACUACGAUCCACAAGUUGUUUCGCCAAAUGUUGAUGCAGAGGCAGUGGAAUUACGUUUUCAAACGGGCAACGAAAUAUACAUUUACGGUGACAUGGAUGACGAUGGAUUUUACAUGGGGGAAUUGGACGGUGUACGUGGACUGGUACCAAGUAAUUUUGUGACAGAGGCUGGCCCAAGUAAAGGCCAACCAACUAAACCAGGAUGGAAGCCUCCUGGUGGAGGCCAGGGACCUGGGGCACGGGGUCCUCCUCCACCGCCCCGAGAACCCCCAACACCUGGACAUCGACGUAGCAAAGAUGCCUGCAUUGUGCCUGUGUCUGUCCCUGUCUGUCACUUAGACUCUAGACAACAACAACCACAACAACAAAACCAACUACAACAAAACAAUCCACCGCAUCUAGCCUACCAACAAGCGAAUCACCACAGCUACACCACUGUUACAACGUCUAAUCAGCACGGUGGUCUGGGUACAGGUGCUAUGGGGCCUCACAGUGCCCAUCAGCAGGGUAGUGUACCACCCCACCUUCAACAGCAGGGGAGGGGGAGAGGCGCGGGCAAUCGGGGCGUUACUAACAUGUCGGGUGGCCUCCAGGGUGGUCCCCAGCAGUUCCAGAAUCCCCAGGACUACCAGCAGAGCAUGAGCCAGCAAAAUCCCCAGCACCAGCAGCAGCAGCAGAAUCAACAGGGCUACCAGCAGAAUAUGGGCUAUCAGCAGCAGGCCCCGGGUUACCAGCAGAAUUUCUCCCAACAGUCCCAACAGCAGGGCCAGUACGGUCCCAACCAGGGUGGACCCAUGGCCCAGACUAGUAAACCACUGCGUGGAAUACCGGCGGUCAUUCCGACCGCCCAAAAACCGCCAGAUCAGAGCCAACAGCAGCAACAGCAGCAGCAGCAACAGCAGCAAUCGACAGCUGGUCCAAAUUUAAUGCAAAAAUUCACUGAAAUGGCUGGUGCCAGUGCUGGUGGUGAUAUACUGUCAAAAGGUAAAGAGCUCAUAUUCAUGAAAUUUGGAUUAGGCAAGUGAGCCAAUGUUACAGCCAUUGUUUUAAUGGUCUUAAGACUGGUAAUUACCACAGUCUCGUGACAAAUAAUAAAUUCAUUUCAUCGAAAAUAAUAACAUUGCAGACCAUAAGUAUUUCGAAUAAUGUUCAAGUAGAUUGGGUCUAAUUAUUGAGGUGAUUUUUCUACUUUAUGAGUUUAAUUGCUCGGUUAUGAAGACAAUGUAACGUCAGUUAGUGAGAAUGAUCGAGAGGCUACGAUAUGUAAGUUAUAUGUAAUCGAUUAAAGCUGCUGUUGCUCUUGCUGCCGCCUGGAUUAAGAUGUAAUCAAUUGAAAUGUUGGGGGGUUUGAUGUACUUCGUUGUAAUACCAAGAGUGCUUGAUUCAAGUGGUGCAAUGUAAUUCAGUAUUUUGUCCGACAUUCAUCGAGCUAAUUUGGCACUUAACGGAAAAAAGUGACUGCGUUAAACCACUUGAAUGACGAAUUUAUUAUUGAACACUCGAAACUUUAUAAUGAGGGAUGAUUGGAGGACACUUCAACUCGAUUAUUCUUUCGCCCCGCGUAUCUGAGGGUUAAUCAAGCUAGAUGAACGCUGAGGGAAAUGCUCAAGGUCGAGGGACCACAAGGCAGCACGCGGAGAGUCACGUAGGGAAAAAUUUUAGGGAAAAAACUGGCCAACUCGCUGGGGAAUUCUAAUGAACUUUCUAUAAAAUAUAAUCUAUCAUAUUAUAUUGUGUUAUAUUAUGUUAUAUAUAUUCUAUAGAAUAUUUUAUUCAAUUCCCUAGAUUAUUCCAUGAAAUUGCUUGGUGCGUGGUUGGCUCAAGUAUAUAAUUUAUUUCAAUUACUUAAUGAAAUCCUUACUCUCUCAAACUAUUCACCUCGUGCUCUUCCGCGCUCCCUCGAUUCUCGACUGAUUGAUAAUGUCUUAACAAUCGAUGAUUGAUAAUAUAAUAGAGAAUGAAUAAAAAAUAAUAAUUAACCGCGCACAAGAGUCAAGGGUUUGGACUCUGAUGUUGUGAGGUGCCCGAAGCUGCCACCUCGUCGUGUUUUAUCGAUUAUCAAUGGAGAUGAAGUAAUAAACAAAAAAAAGUAUUACCAAAAUGAUGAAAUAUUGAGUAGAAAAGAAUGAACGGGAGGCGGGCGUGCCUUGAGAUGCCUCACCCCCACACAAACAAUAAUCAUAUCUUACUAAUGAUAAUACUGUAAUCAAUCAUUUAUCGGGUGAUCUCUACCAUUAUUUUCCCUAUUUAUCGAGUCUGUCCCCUUCUUUUAUCGAGAAUAAUACCGGGGGAUAGGAGAGAAAUUAUAGAUGAAUUAAUUAAGGUGGUGGCGAGCGUUGAGUCGCCUAGAUCCCUUUUCAUUACUGUCAAUCAUUUCGUUUGUUAUCCCCCUUUCGACAGAAAUAAAAAUCUAGAAUUCAUCGCAUUUGUUUGUGACUGCUGCGAUCCGUUUCGUUUUUGUUGACGUGUAUUUCGAUAGAAUUUGAUAGAGGGAGUUGAUGAAGUGUUGAUGGAGUUUUACAUUUUGUUGAUCUAGGGAGAAUGUCUAAUUUACGUUGAAAUAUCGUGGGAAGGCUAUGCGUAACGACGAAAACGAUCGUUCAAGCUCGAUUACACAUGCGUCACAUGCAUUAUUAAUGAAAUAAAUAGAUAAAAAGAAUGAUGAAGUUAUAAAUAAAGAUGGAAAAGAAAAAUUAUACAUAUUAUAAAUAACAAAAUAUACAUAAUAUACAUAUUAUAUUUAACUAUUGCAAAUUGUUGUUACAACGCUACUUGUAAUCGUAUUUUGUACAAAGUAUAAUCCGACCUUUAUUUUUCUUUCGCCAGAGAAUCAGAGUAUAUGAAUAUGAAAAAAUUAUGCAUUAGAAAAUUGUUUAAUGAAAAUAUGUGAGGACAUUUAAAAGGCAGAAUAAUUCAUUGAUUGAUUAAUUCCUAUAUGAAUGAGUAUAUGAUUGAUUGAGCGUGUACAGAUAUGAGUGAGAGCGAUGAAAAAUAUAUUAAUAUUCUACUCGAAUCCAACUCAUUCUGUCGAUUUUUUGAGUCUAACUAAAGUUUAGAAAGAAAUUUUAUGAAAUUCUAAUGCGAUUGAUAGAGGAUAGUGUUUUGAUUUUUACAAUGGAAUGGAGAGUUUAGGUAGUGGAUUGAUUCAAUCGCAAAUCUCGACUGUAACCGGCUCUUGACAAUUCAUUAUCUUGCAUUUGAUGAAGUUAUCGCCCUGUUUCAUUUACUGUAAAAUUUCAGGAUACAUGGAUACAUGGAGGGAAAUAAAAUGAGUAAAAUCAA